UCUCUCAGGCAGGCAUCGGCAGUGAAGUGAGUGACUGAGUGCGCUGUGCUCUCCGGCAGGCCGGGCCCCAGUGUUGUGACUCGCGCGAGUGUGCCGUGUGUUUUGUUGGUGUUGCUCCGGCAAGCAAGCGAACAAGCCGAGGCAGAGACAGCCCGGACAGUAAGACGCCCGGACACUGUUGCAUCCGUCCGACGGACGGCGCCGCGACCUCUCGCCCGAGCCCCUCUGCAGAAGGUCAGCCGGGCACGCCCCCUCAUUGAACCUCAUCCUCUGGCGGACUCGAGUCAGCCGGAGUUGGGUCUUCAUUCAAGCAGAGAAGCAAGGGUUCGUUGCUCCAGGAGCGGCGGCUGCGGCGGAAGAGGCGGCAGUGGAGGAGGCCGCCAGCGUGGGAUGGCCGUUGGGCCGGUGGUGGCGAAAAGAAGAGCUCACGAAAACACGGCAACCCCGAUGGAACCAAAAUAUAAAUAAGAAUCGGAGCCAAGGCGUGCGUUUGUAUAUGUGCAUCGGAGAAAGAGUCGGGCAGGCAGCGCGAGAGAGGCGAGCGAGCGCCGGUGUCGUCGUUUCCUUCUUCCGUCUGGGAUAUUUUUACCCCUAAAGCAGCGCCACCGAGCAGCGCGAGAGAGGCUCUCUUUCGCGAGAGAGUCGGGGCCGGCAGUCAGUCGGGAUAACCGUAUAUGAGACGGUCUAGCGAGAGUGCGCGUUUUAAAAAUAGAGAUAGUCGCUUCGGGCGCCCUGACGAUCGGUUCCUGCCGCGGCCAGGAUGACCACCGACAAGGUAAAUAGCCUGCUGCAUUACGAUGAGGUUCUAAUGGGCCGUCCGUCGUUGCUCCCUAGCAGCAAUAGCGGCCCGACCAGUGGAGGCUACAAGGCCAGCGUGCUGCCCCUCGAGGACAACCCGGAGCUGGCCGAGCUGCUGCUCGAGACCACCGACUACCUGAUCAACCCCAUCGGGGACAUGACCUCGAUGAAGCGGCCCACCUCGGCACAGAGUUCGUCCGCUUCGUCCAGCUCGGAGAAGAUGGCCGCCGGCCGCCACGACGACGACGAUAUCGCCGCCAUCGCCAAACAGAUUUCCGACCACGCCGAGGCCAUCUACCAGACGUGGAAGUCGCGAGGCCUCGGCCCGGCCGAGCUGCGAAACAUCUGCCAGCCGCCUAGUGCCGCCGCGCAGACGUUCGCGCCCGUGCUGACGCCCACGUCGCCAAAGCCCUUCGUCGCGGAGCCCGGCAAGGCCCUCAAGGCCUCCUCCGUCGGCAUGCUCAACCCCAGCCAGCUGGAGUACCUGGUCAGCAGCUUCGUGGAGGAGGACAAGGCCCGCAUCGCGGCCGGCCACCACCUCAAGCAGCCGUCGGUCUCGCUCAUCCAGUCCCAAGUGAAGAAGUUCGACCAACAGCAACAGCAGCAGCAAGCGGCGGGCGGCUCGGCCAAGGUGGCGUCGCCCGUGGCCAAAAAGGCAAACACAUACCAGUCUCAGCCCGAGAACGGGCUGACCACGUGGCCCCUGAAGAACCCCCUCAGGCCGAGCUCGCACAAGUCAAUGGAGUCGUCGCCCCCGCCGCCGGCGGUGGUGACCCACCUGGGCCCGCCGGCCCACAAAAUCGAGCCCAUCCAGGCCAUCCACUAUCAGGAAGUAUCCGAGGCGACAGGGUCGGCGUCCAAGUUCGCCACGCUGCCGGCCAAGAAGAAGAACCCGGCCUCCUUCCUGGAGGAGGUGGCCCGCGAGGAGGAGCGGCUGAUCAACGCCCUGAAGACAGGCUGCGUCAUCGAGAACUUGGAACACAAGAUGCAGGGUCAGAAGCAGGGCAGUAGCGGCAGGGCCAGUCCCAAGCUGAGUGACGACAAAAUUUCGGCGCUGUCGCGCAUCGACUACGCCAAGAUCCGCUUCCAGAACGCGCAGGAGAACCCGUUGACGCGGCAGCGCAUGGAGAACAACCGCGAACUGGACCCGAUGCUGCAGCUGAACAACCAGCACGCGGCCGUACUGGAGGCGCGUUCGCGCUUCGAGCCGCCGCCUCCGACGCCGCACGCCAACGGCAGCGAGUCCUGGGCUCCCAGCAAGGUGGACGGGCCUCAGGCCGCAAUCCCGCUGAGCCGCUCGCGCAUCAAGAUGGGCCGCAAGUCGCGUGGCGACCUGGACGGCGCCGUUCCGCACCCAGAACUCACCGUCCAGCAGAAGCAGCACAUCCGCGAGCGAGGCUCGGCGGCGGCGGCGGCCGCCGCCUCCGCCACGGGGGCCAACGCGCUCGGUACCAACCCCGUGCGGCCCUUCCUCACCAGGGGCUCGGUGGCCGAGCGGGUGCUCAUCUUUGAAAAGUGCCCGCCCUCGGAAGUGCUCAACCCGCUGAUGGAGAAGCGCAAGGCGCCGCCUGUGAUAACCACCUGGAGGAGCGGCAACGAGGUGCAAAACAAGACGCAGGAAGAAUCUCUUGCCGCCGAGCAAUCCUCGCAGGUCUUGCUAUGGAAUCUGCUAAGUGUGGUUGCAGAAAACGGGCCGAAAAUGACCUACACGCCGCGAGAUCGAAAUGAUAUUUCAUCCAGAGGAUCUCCAAACGCGAACCAUGCCCUCAGAAGUCACCAUUCGCCGAUUCCCAGGUUCCACUUCCCACGCGGACGGCCACCACCGCAACACGAACACGAAGCCGCGAGACACGCGGUCAUCGCGCUCUUCAAGACCUUCCCCGCCGAGAGAGCUACCAGAGACAACUUCGCAGACAUCGCCAAGGCGUGCGGAUUCCCGAUGUACUGGAAGAUGCCCCUGUACCUGGCGUGCGGAGGAGACGCGACCGGCGGCGUCGUUUCGCUGCAGACCUACCUUGAACUCUGGAGCAAAAUUUGCUCGGGAGGCAACGACGAGGCGUCGCGCAUGGUGUGGCUCAUGACCCGCGGCCAGCGGCUGUGGCUGGCGCCUGAAGACCUGGCGCCGAUGGUGCAGGACGUCGUCGACACCCACCCUGGGCUCAGCUUCCUCAAGGAGGCCACCGAAUUUCACUCCAGAUACGUUCACACUGUGAUAGCCCGAAUCUUCUACUGCGCGAACAGAUCCUGGAGCGGCCGGCUAACGCUGGCGGAGAUCCGCAAGUCACAGCUUUUGCAGGCGGUGCGGCAGCUGGACGCCACCUCGGACAUCAACCAGGUGACGCAGUUCUUCAGCUACGAGCACUUCUACGUCAUCUACUGCAAGUUCUGGGAGCUGGACCGCGACCACGACCUCUUCAUCGACCGCAACGACCUGGCCAGGCACAACGACCACGCCUUGUCGACUAGGAUGAUCGACAGAAUUUUCUCGGGAGCGGUGACACGGGGCAGGAGAACUGCCAAGAAGGGUGAUGAGAGAAUGAGCUACACAGAAUUCGUCUGGUUCCUGCUUUCCGAGGAGGACAAGACGCACCCGACUGCUGUGGAGUACUGGUUCAGGUGCAUGGAUCUGGACGGCGAUGGCUUCCUAUCGAUGUACGAACUGGAGUACUUCUACGAGGAGCAGCUGCAGCGGAUGGAGGCCAUCGGCAUGGAGACGCUGCCCUUUGAAGACUGCCUUUGCCAGAUGCUGGACAUGCUCCGACCGGAGGUGCCCGGCAAAAUCUCCCUGCGUGACCUCAAGAAGUGCAAGCUUUCGCCCUUGUUCUUCGACACCUUCUUCAACCUCGAAAAGUUCUUGGACCACGAACAGAGGGACCCGUUCGCUACGCAGCCCAGGGAGUCUGCUCCCGACGGCACUGAGCUGGACGAUGUGAUGUCUGAUUGGGACCGGUUCGCUGCCGAGGAGUACGAGCUGCUGGUGGCCGAGGAGAGCGGGCCGGACGCGCCGGACGACCUGAUGAUGUACAGCGACGACAUGAGCGAGGACGACGACGACGACGAAGACCUUUUGUCGCCGAACCUUGACCGGCUGGACGAGCUGGCCGAGCAGCAGCUCAAACUGAACAGGUCGCUGCCCAAGGACGAGGACGCGUGGGCCGACCUGAGCAAUCUGUCCGCCCUGGACGGAGACGAGGACUCAGGGGACUACGCCGGCGACAGUGACGACUACUCCUUUUGAAGCCGUGUGUGACUCUCGUCGUUAGACUUCGCACGUCAGUUCGCUUUUUUUGUAAAUACAUACGCAUUCUGUGGCCUUUGAACUGGCGAACGUGCCUUGGACUGACCCGUUGUGGAGGAGCAGAAAACUCAGUUCGUGUCGUUGAUUUUUUUUUCUUAGUCUGAGAAGGAAUCUUGACAGAAUAAGUGAAUAUUUGAAGAAGCUCAAUUUGAUUUGUGUGCUUGUGUCAGCGAUCGAAUGAAUUCAGCAGGUUGUGAAUGCGUGAUUUUGCUUUUAACCCUCACUUAGGUUUGCGAGAGACGAAUUAACAAUUGUUCUCCCACCCCUACCGCAGAGUAUUUUGUUUAAUUUUCACCGACUAAACCGAAACGCAGGUUUUCCUUUGUAAAAUUUGGAACGCGGAUCAUUUUGAGAUUAAUUAAUUCACCGUCUGCCGCAUCACACGUGCACAGCUUUACGAAGCGUCUAGUCUGAAAUGAAGAUGAUAAUAAUAAUUAAAACAAAGAGGAGAAAAUCCGUGCCUUCUGAGUAUGAGGCCUUUUGUGAGAGCAAUUCAUCGUUUUGAUCCAGAAAAUACGCCUAUUGUAGUUCAAUAUAAUAUGUAUAAUUAUAUCACACACAAUUACGCAUACAUAUCUAACUCAUUUGCGUUUAGAUAACGGAUUUGUCGAAUCCACCAGAGCAGUCCCUCCAUCCACCCCUGAGACUUUCACAUUUUUACAUUGUAAGCAUGAGAAAAACAAACACGCAUGUGAAUACAUAAACGUUAUGUGUUAUUACGAUUACUAUAUGAUGAUAUAUAAAUAAUUGCAUUAUUGUUUAAAUAUUUAUCACACACAUGAGAGCUAUUCUGUAUAUUGUGACGCAUUAAAAUAAAUAAAAAUCAAUAGAGAUAACAGA